CAAAGUAUCGGAGUCUUGGAAAUUGAAUCCAUAUUAUUGUAAAUGUACAUAAGAGUGUGAUUACAUAUUUAGUGAUUCUUGUAUAUGUGUCCAAAAAAGUUUCAAUGGCUUAGUGGUAUUUGUCCUAUAUUUAUGUCAUACUAACCCGGGUUCGAUCCUCUCCUUUACAUUGUUUUUUUAUUUUUUACGAAAAAAUAAAUGAUAUGACGUGGCAAAUUCGAGCUCUCUGAUUGGAUGAUUUUUUGUGCCUAUGUGGACACUCUAAAAGGAGCUUAUAUCCUCCUUUUAGUAUAGUAUAGAUCACAAGCAUAAUAUUAAGUUCCCAUUCGUCUAGCUUUGUUAUUUGUUUUUAUUCCCGGGACAGUUACUUCCUUUUUCUCGUCCUAUCAUCAUAUUCUUCAUUACAUUAGCCAUGCAAAUACAACAAGAAAAUUAUGGCAACAACGCCUUGGUACUCUAUUUAAUUUUAACCAAAUUCUUCAGUACCCAUUACAGCAUGCAUCAACAUCUGCUUAACUUCCAUAAAACAUUACGACCUUACUUAUAUAGAUUCUCAAUACCUACUUAUUACAACCUACUUGUCCUGAUGUCCCUCAAACAAAAAUUUACUCACCAUAAGAAAAUUAGAAACCAGCUGCUAUUUUACAUGCGGUUUUCCUGAGAUGAUAUAGUUAUAGUUAAUCAUCUUAAGGCUGAGACACAUUCACAGAUGUUAAAACAAAUAUCAAAAACAAUAGAAAAUAGUGGGGGUCAAAAGAAAUUUCAAUCUUCUGUUUGAUAACGUAAAUAUGGACAUACUGUAGUUAUAUUGGUCAACUCAACUUCAUGAAAGAAAGUGUAACUCUAAAUACAUUAACCUAAACAUGAGUUUCAUUUUGAAAAGAAUUCCAAAACUGAUACCGUACAUUCUCUUUAACUUAUAUGAUAAAAUCUUGUAUCCUCACCCUAUAUAUUCUUAGUAUCUGUUCAUAUCAAAAUCCAGCCCAGCUUUUAAGCAUAAACGAAAUAAAAAGGACAAGGAAAAAAAAAGAUUAACCAAUAAGAUGGGAAGCAAAGCUGUUGUCUCAGUCUACUUAAUUAUUUCACUGUGUGCUGCCAUCUUUGUCACUCGUGGAGUAGCUCAAAUGCAAAAUCCUCAGGCGAUUCCAGGACUUUUUCCACCUGGCUUAGUACCUAUUGAUCUCGUCAAAUGUUGGUCGUCUCUCUUUACCGUCCAAGGAUGUGUCCUGGCAAUCUCCAACUCAUUUUUUUCUGGAAAAUUUGAAAACGUUGAAGCGGCAUGCUGCAAGGUGUUUUCAACUUUAGAUGCAAACUGUUGGCCUCAUAUGUUUCCUUUGAAUCCUUUCUUCCCUCCUCUCCUCAAGGACAAUUGUGCGCGUAUCAUCCCUAACUCCCCCGCACACAACUGAAAGGAACAAUGAUUGUUUGUCUACAGUUUUAGACUAGUAUAUUAGCUUCAAUGUCUAAGUUUUUCAUGUGUGAACUCAAUUAUUAGGAGAGCCCUAUAUUUACCUUUUCCUCAAUAAAGUGAAAUUUUAGCAAUAUCUACAACUCUUGUCAAUGUGUCUUGGUCACAUUAUAGUUAUAUAAUUACAAAUACAUCAACGAAAAUGGGUUUGUUAUCUAUCCUCAGUUGGCUAACCAUGUAAAAUAACAUAUCGGAAAUUAAAACUCACAAAAUACGAUUCGAACAAAGAUUGAAACAU